AUGGCAUCAAGGAACUUUCCAGCAUCUUCAUCAUCGCAAUUCAUCGACGAACAACCUUUGAUAUUAGAUAACGUUGAUCACUUCAGCACCGAUGAUGAGUUAGACAACAUACUUGAACAUGACAACAACGACGACCACAUCACACAAUCAUCUGCACAUGUCGUUGCAGAGUUGAAUGAACGUAUGCAGUUCCAGUCAAAGGACGAAACUAUUGCUGCAAUCAAACAUUAUCACAUAACCAACGCUUAUAGCAAAUAUACUCACAUUGCCGCGAUCAUAUCAAAUUCAAUCCGGACAAACCCAUCCAUUCCAAUCAAGAGUUUGAUUGCAGAUAUUAAAGGUCGAUUCUGAUAUUCUGUGUCAUAAAGAAAAGCUUGGAUCGCUAAACAAAAGGCUCUUGCUAUGGAGUUUGGAGAGUGGGAGGACUCUUAUAACCACAUGCCGAGGUGGUUGCAUGCCGUCAAGGAAGCAAACCCAUUUACAAUUUUACAAUGCACUAGUUCUCCAGUGCAGAUUGAUGGACAAACCGACAAUAAUUGCUAUAUUAUGGAAAGAGUUUUCUGGUCUUUCGGUCCUUUCAUACAAGGAUUCAAAUAUUGUAAACCCAUUCUCCAAGUUGAUGGUACAUUUCUAACGAGUAAAUAUCAUAGAACUUUGCUGACCGCCAUAGCUCAAGAUGUCAAUAGAAAUCUUUUCCCAUUGGCCUUUGCCAUUGUAGGAGGUGAGACAAAAGAGGCCUUGAUAUGGUUCUUUCAACUACUUCGAGAACAUGUUUGCCAUCAACAAAAUAUUUGCAUCAUCAUUGAUAGAGGAAAGGGUAUCCUAUCGGCCUUGAUAUCGGAAGAAGUUGGUUGGGAACAAGAUGGUUUGAACUCUGUUUAUUGCAUACGUCAUCUAGCAUCCAACUUCAACAACAAAUUCAAAAAUCACGUCAAGCAACCAACUGUGACGGCAAAACUUGCUGCAUUGAGAAACCAAUACCCACAACAAGUUGAUUGGAUAGAUAAAAUCCCAUUACAAAAAUGGUCUCAGGCUUUUGAUGGAGGGAGAAGAUAUGGACAUAUGACGACUAAUUUUGCUGAGUGCACCAACUCCAUUUUAAAGGGAGCACGUUCAUUACCAAUAUGUGCUCUCAUCAGAACAACAUUUGAGAGGACACAAUCAUGGUUUGUUGAACGCGUAUUAAAGGCGAACUGUAUGCUACAAGCAGGACACCAAUUUCCUGAACAAAUCGCCGACAUCAUUAGGAAAAAUUAA